AUGGCCAAACGCACCUUCUCCACGUUAGAGACAUUCCUGAUCUUCCUCCUCGUGUUGACGACCGCUGUCACGGUAGCCCUUCUCAGCCUCCUGUUUAUCACCAGUGGGACCAUUGAAAAUCACAAAGAUUCCGGUUUUCCGGCCACCCAGAGCUCCUCGACCACCCCGAGCUCCCCAACCAUCCUGGGCUCCACAGCCACUCAAGGCUUGACAAUCACCAGUGGCUCUAGAACCACCCAGGCACCUCCCGUGAUUACUACUCCAGAGCCUCCUCUCUUUCAGAACUUUAGUGGCUACCAUAUUGGUGUUGGGCGAGCUGACUGCACAGGACAAGUAGCAGAUAUCAACUUGAUGGGCUACAGUAAGACUGGCCAGAAUGCACAGGGCAUUCUCACAAGGCUGUACAGUCGUGCUUUCAUCAUGGCGGAGCCCGAUGGGUCAAAUCGAGUGGUGUUUGUCAGUGUCGACAUAGGCAUGGUAUCCCAACGACUUAGGCUUGAGGUCCUGAACAGACUGCAGAGUAAAUAUGGCUCCCUGUACAGAAGAGACAACAUCAUCCUCAGCGGCACUCACACUCACUCGGGACCAGCGGGAUUUUUCCAGUAUACCGUAUUUGUCAUCGCCAGUGAAGGGUUUAGCAAUCGAACUUUUGAAUACAUGGUCAAUGGCAUCGUGAAGAGCAUCGAGAUGGCGCACAAAAACAUGAAACCAGGCAAAAUCUUUAUCAACAAAGGAAUUGUGGAAGGUGCCCAGAUCAACCGAAGCCCCUCUUCUUACCUUCAGAAUCCUGAGUCAGAGAGGGCCAGGUAUUCUUCAAAUACCGACAAAGAAAUGGUCGUCCUAAAAAUGGAAGAUUUGAACGGAGCUGAACUGGGCCUUCUCAGCUGGUUUGCCAUCCAUCCGGUCAGCAUGAACAACAGCAAUCAUCUCGUCAAUAGCGACAACAUGGGCUAUGCCUCUUACCUUUUUGAGCAAGAGAAGAACAAAGGCUACCUACCUGGACAGGGGCCGUAUGUAGCAGCCUUUGCUUCAUCAAACCUGGGAGAUGUGUCCCCCAAUAUUCUUGGCCCACGCUGUGUCAACACAGGAGAGUCUUGUGAUAAUGCCAAUAGCUCUUGUCCUAUCGGUGGGUCUAGCACGUGCAUUGCUAUGGGACCGGGAGAGGAUAUGCUCAACAGCACGCAGAUUAUAGGACGGAUCAUAUAUCAGAGAGCGAAGGAACUAUAUGCCUCUGCCUCCCAGGAGGUCACUGGACCACUGGCUGCAGCUCAUCAGUGGGUGAAUAUGACAGAUGUCACCAUCCAACUCAACUCCACACACACGGCAAAGACGUGUAAACCAGCACUGGGCUACAGUUUUGCGGCUGGGACAGUCGACGGAUUUGGGAGCCUCAAUUUUACGCAGGGGACAACAGUAGGGGAUCCAUUUUGGGACACUCUUCGGGAUCAAAUCCUGGGCAAGCCAUCUGAAGAAAUCAAACAGUGUCAUAAACCAAAGCCAAUCCUUCUUCAUACUGGAGAGUUGACAAAACCUCAUCCCUGGCACCCAGAUAUUGUUGAUGUUCAGAUUAUCACGAUUGGGUCCUUGGCCAUAACUGCCAUCCCUGGGGAGCUGACGACCAUGUCUGGACGAAGACUUCGAGAGGCAGUUCAAACAGAAUUUGCAACCAGUGGGAUGCAGAAUAUGACCGUUGUUAUUUCGGGUCUGUGCAAUGUGUAUACACAUUACAUUACCACCUUUGAAGAGUACCAGGCUCAGCGGUACGAGGCGGCAUCUACAAUUUAUGGACCACACACUCUGUCUGCUUACAUCCAGCUCUUCAGAGGUCUUGCGAAGGCCAUUGCUACGGAUACAGUAGCCAACCUGAGCAGAGGUCCAGAGCCUCCAUUUUUCAAACAACUGAUAGCCUCAUUAAUUCCUAAUGUCGUGGAUAAAGCACCAAUAGGCAAAACUUUUGGGGAUGUUCUGCAGCCUGCAAAACCUACAUACAGAUUGGGAGAAGUUGCUGAAGUUACAUUCGUAGGCGCUAACCCAAAAAAUUCAGCAGAAAACCAGACCCAUCAGACCUUCCUCACUGUUGAGAAAUACGAAGCUGCAUCAGCAACAUGGCAAAUAGUGCAUAAUGAUGCCUCCUGGGAGACUCGUUUCUAUUGGCACAAGGGACUGCUGGGUCACAGCAAUGCCACCAUCCAAUGGCAUAUUCCAGACACUGCCCAGCCUGGAACCUACAGAAUAAGAUACUUCGGACACAAUCGGAAGCAGGACUUUCUCAAGCCGGCGGUCAUCCUUCCAUUUGAAAGCACUUCCUCUACCUUUGAAGUAGUAACUACUUAA